UGCCGGCCAGCGCAGGAUGUGGGCCCUGCGGGCCACCAUCCGCCCGGCGGCCUGGCUGUCUCGCGUAGUUCUCGGCCGCCGGGCUCCGAGACCCGCGCCGCCGCUGCUGGUCUGCCCCGAGCGCGCGUUCGCCGCCUUCGACCCCGGGGACCUCAAGGGGCGAGGGGGCGGAGGACGGGGCCCACCGGCUGAUGGCCCGAGAAGCCGAACGGGAGAGGUGGAGGAACCGGAAGAUGCCGAGGACGAGGAAGAAGAGGAGGAGGAGCUGCUGAGGAGGGACCCUUUGCUGCCGGUGGGGACCCAGCGCGUGUGCCUGGUUCACCCUGAGGUCAAGUGGGGACCCGGGAAGCCGCAGCUGACCCGAGCUGACCGGCAGGUGGCAGAGGCGGAAUCUCUGGUCCACACGCUGGACCACUGGUCGGUGGUGGAAAGGAUGGUGGUGCCCGCCAGAACACCCGACGGGAAGGUCCCGUUCAGCAGCGGGACCCUGCGGCACCUGACAGAGAAAAUCAGAGCGUUGCCAGAAAUCACCGCGGUCUUUCUGAAUGUGGAGAGGAUGGCCCCGCCCACCAAGAAAGAACUGGAGGCCGCCUGGGGCAUGCAGGUGUUUGACCGAUUCACCGUUGUUCUUUCCAUUUUCCGCUGCAACGCCCGGACGAAGGAGGCCCGGCUGCAGGUGGCGCUGGCUGAGCUCCCCCUUCUCAGGUCCCACCUGAGCAGCACCACCCGCCUGGAUGGACGGGGAGGAGGCUCACGCUACAUCAUGGGGUCAGGAGAAUCGCUCGUGCAGGUGCAACGGCGCCUGCUGAAGGACAAGGAGCUGAAGAUUCGGAAGGCGCUGGACAGACUUCGGGAGAAAAGGCGUCUCCUGGAAAGGCAGCGCAGACGGCGGGAGUUUCCUGUGGUCUCCAUGGUGGGAUACACAAACUGCGGGCCCACGGCGGGUGCCCCGUCAGGUCAGCAGCGUGGUCAUCGAGUGCUGGACAGCGGACUGCACUCCCCUCUCUUACAGGCUCUCACCCUGUGGGAAACGGCGAGUGCGUCCGCACGGCGGCGUCAGCACCGAGCUUCUGGAGCUCCGCCGAGGCUGCCGAACUCAGUACUGCUAGGUUACGCCCGCGGCCCGUGGCUCACCAGCACAGAGGAGUCUGUGCCCCGGGACCUGUGUGGAAAAACCACGCUGAUCAAGGCCCUGACGGGUGACGACGCCGUCCGGCCCCAGGAUCGGCUGUUUGCGACACUGGACGUCACAGCCCACGCGGGGUGGCUGCCCUCCCGCGUGGCCGUCAUCUACAUGGACACCGUCGGCUUCCUCUCCCAGCUGCCCCACAGCCUGAUCGAGUCCUUCUCCGCCACCCUGGAAGACGUGGCUCAUUCAGAUCUGGUCGUGCACGUGAGAGACGUGAGCCACCCCGAGACGGAGCUGCAGAAAGCCACCGUCCUGGCCGCCCUGCGGGGCCUGCGCCUGCCCGCCCCGCUGCUGGACUCCGUGCUGGAAGUUCAUAACAAGGUCGACCUGGUGCCCGGGUACAGCCCGUCAGGAUCCCAGGCCGUGGCCGUGUCCGCCCUCCUGGGACACGGGCUCCCGGAGCUGAGGGCCCGGCUGGAGGACGCCGUCCUGAGAGCCACAGGGAGACAGGUCCUCACGCUCCGAGUCCGGCUGGCGGGGGCACAGCUGAGCUGGCUGCACCAGGAGGCGACGGUGCAGGACGUGGACGUGAUCCCCGAGGCCGGGGCGGCUGACGUCAGGGUCGUCAUCAGCAGCUCUGCCUACAGCAAGUUCCGGAAGCUCUUCCCGGAGUCAGCCAGCCAGUGAGGGAGCGGAGGCUGUGUGGCCUCAGCACCGCCUCGGGGCGUCCUGCCCACCCCCUCGGGCGCCUUGCUCCCUGCUGGGCCCGGAAGGCUGGUGGCCGCCCCCCUGCGGCCAGAAGUCAAAGGUCAGGUCUCAGGGUGACUCCGCGGGGACGUGCUUGUGACCUGAGCAUGGGUUGCCUUCCACGCUGUUCCAGCUACAGGAUAUUAAAAGCUCUGCUCUUGUGUCUGUAAA